AUGUCAGUACAGGAUGAUGCCAGAGAUCAAGAGUCGGCACAAAUCAUUGAGCCUAAAGCUCAGAUUAUCCANGGCAAAUUACAACCCCGAAAUGACAGUUAUUUUCGCCAACGUGCCAGAGCCCAGAGGGAGAAACAGGCAGAGGAUUUUGAUCGCUGGGCUGAUUUAUGCAACCAAUUGGGUGUCGACGUUCACCCGUUGGAAUCGUGCGGCUACUUCGCCAUCCAUCGUCGCCGCAUGCUGGGGAACCAAGAUUGA